AUGGCUGGGUCCCAUUUGGGCUCCGCAGUCCUGAUCUUCUUCCUGCUUUGGGUGGCCCACGGAGGGUUCGACGUGGCUGCCCGGACACCCCAAGAGUUCCCUUUCAAACACGCGUACCAGGCGCACGAGAAGGAACUGUUGGAAGAACUGCAGGACGUACUGGAGAAGCUGCAACACAAGACGGUCUCCACGUGGGAAAAGAAAUUCAACCAAGUUCCCAAGUGCUCCUUUGGCGACAUGUGUGCCGUGAAGAAAGGUGCCCGUAUCGGCAAGCUGUGCGACUGCCCCCGCCGAUCUGCCUGCAACACCCUCCUGCUCAAGUGCUUGUGA